CUCGCAUCACAAACAAGUUGUUUUCAUAUUUUGUACAUUAUUUUAACUAGGAAAUUAUAAUAAAAUCAACCAUGGCUGCACGGCAAUCAGUGAUUAAAGCAGUUGAAUGGGGAAAAAUCCUGGAGAGGACACGACCUGACAUGAAAUCUACUAUUGGUGCAUUCAAAGCCAAAAGUGAUGGCAUAUUUAACAACUAUGUUAAAUCAAAAGAUGUCAAACUCGACAUUGAUUGGGCUUACUAUCAAUCAGCUGUUGCAAACAAGGCGCUUGUUGCUGAUUUCGAAAAACAAUUCAAAGCUUACAAGGUGCCAAAACCCAUUGACACGAAGAGCAAAGAACUUGAAGAUAAGACUGCUAAAGAUAAUGAGGCUGUGAAGAAAUUUCUUCAAGAAACUGAAGAAAAUCUCACAGAGGUCAUGAUGACAGUGGAUCGUCUCAACUCUCUUCCUCCAUUCGAGCAGAUGACUAUUGACGACAUAUUUGAAAACUUCCCACAAGUCAAACCAGAUUAUAAGAAGAUACCACACUGGCCCCAUGCUGAAAGUGUUGACCAAAUUCUAACCAAGCCACGCUAAAUAUGUUCUUAUCUCUCAAUAAAUUAACCCUGCUCUAAAUGGUCACUUAUUCAAAAAUUCAUUUCUUUAACUUGAAAGUUCUGUUUAUGGUUUCGAAUUAAAAGCUGUACAAUGAAA